UGUAGUGUCCUAUGUUUGAAGCCAUGCAAUAUCCGAUGUUUGAAGCCAUGCAGGGUCCUAUGUUUGAAGCCAUGCAGGGUCCUAUGUUUGAAGCCAUGCAGUAUCCUAUGUUUGAAGCCAUGCAAUGUCCUAUGUUUGAAGCCAUACAGUGUCCUAUGUUUGAAGCCCUGCAAUGUCCUAUGUUUGAAGCCAUGCAAUGUCCUAUGUUUGAAGCCAUGCAGUGUCUUAUGUUUGAAGCCAUACAGUGUCCUAUGUUUGAAGCCAUGCAAUCCAUGCAGUGUCCUGUGUUUGAAGCCAUGCAAUGUCCUAUGUUUAAUGCCAUGCAGUGUCCUAUGCUUGAAGCCAUGCAAUGUCCUAUGUUUGAAGCCAUGCAAUGUCCUAUGCUUGAAGCCAUGCAAUGUCCUAUGUUUUAAGCCAUGCAAUGUCCUAUGUUUAAUGCCAUGCAAUGUCAUAUGCUUGAAGCCAUGCAAUGUCCUAUGUUUGAAGCCAUGCAAUGUCCUAUGUUUAAUGCCAUGCAGUGUCCUAUGUUUGAAGCCAUGCAAUGUCCUAUGUUUCAAGCCAUGCAAUGUCCUAUGCUUGAAGCCAUGCAAUGUCCUAUGUUUGAAGCUAUGUCAGCAUCUUAAUCACCCACAGCCUUAA